GACCCUUGAUUCUCGUAGUGCAACUGACCAUCUUUCGAGGAAAUUGUCGAGAAGUUGGAAUGAAAGCAUUUUGGAAAUUACGAAGCAACUCAAAGCCCACCUUGCCUCUGAUACAAUUGAUAUACAUGGUGGUUUUAAGUAUUUACUCUUUUACUGAUCAUAAGAACUGACCAGCAUGUGAUCAUCGCUCCAAAGAAAAAAAAAAAAAAAAAAAAAAAAGAAAAAGAAGUGUUCCGUUUUUCCUUCUUAAAUUAGAUUCUUUCUCAGUCCGAUAGAGUAGACAUGGCUUCUUCUUCUCGGAGAAAAUACGAUGUUUUUAUCAGUUUUAGAGGCGAGGACACCCGGUAUAAUUUUCUGAGCCAUCUUCAUAAAGCAUUAUUGCAGAAAAGGAUAGAAACCUAUGUGGACGAGAGACUCGAGAGAGGAGAUGAAAUUUCACGGGCUCUUUUGAAAGCAAUCGAAGAGUCGGAAGUUUCUGUAAUCAUUUUCUCGGAAAAUUACGCUUCUUCCUCGUGGUGUCUAGAUGAGCUCGUGCAUAUCAUGUUCGGAUGCAAGGAAAAGAAUGUUGUUGUACCGAUAUUUUAUCAUGUAACUCCGUCUGAUGUGCGGAAACAAUCAGGGAGAUUUGGAGAUGCAUUUGCUGAACUUGUGAAGCGUUCCAAGGACAAAGAAAAGCUAUGGAGGACUGCUUUGACAAAGGCUGCUAAUCUCUGUGGCUGGGAUGCACAAAUCAGCAGGUCUGAGUCUAAAUUAGUGGAGAAAAUCAUCGAGAAUAUUUCAGAAAAACUAAGGUCGUCAAGGCUAGAUUAUCAUGUCAAAGGCCUAGUUGGAGUUGAGAAGCGCGUUGACCGUGUCAAGUCAUUGUUGAUGAUGAGGUCAUUGUUGAUUAACUCAUCAUCGGAUGUUCGCAUCGUGGGUAUAUGGGGCAUGGGCGGUUUGGGUAAAACUACCCUAGUUGAUAUCAUUUUCAGUCAAUUUCAUUCUCAAUUUGAAGGCUACUGCUUUCUGAAAAAUGUGAGGGAAGAAUGGCAAAAACAAGGCUCAAUUUAUUUGCAGAACAAACUUUUUAGUGAGCUAUUAAUGGAGGAAAAAGGUUUACGCGUAAUCAACAACUUUGCAAGGGAAAGGCUUCACCGCAAGAGAGUACUUAUUAUUCUUGACGAUGUCGAUGACCCGGAGUACUUUGAAUAUCUAGUCGGAGGACGUGAUUGGUUAUGUCCUGGAAGUAGAAUUAUUGUAACAACUAGAAAUAGACAAGUGCUCACUAACAUUGGUGUUGAUGAGAUGUACGCGCUUGAGCAUCUAAAUGAAGAUGAAGCGCUUCACCUAUUUUCUCUGAAAGCCUUCAAAAGAAACUCUCCACUGGCAAGUUACGAAGAGAUGUCAAGAAAGGUGAUAAGUUAUGCUCAAGGUGUGCCACUCGCUCUUAAAGUUCUGGGCUGCCAUUUGUGCUCUAAGAGUGAAUCAAUAUGGAGAAGUGCAUUGAACAGAUUGAAAGUAGCUCCUCAUGACCAGAAAAUUCAUGAUGUGUUAAAAAUAAGUUACGAUGGACUACGUGAUAUAGAAAAGGAGAUAUUUCUAGAUAUUGCGUGUUUCUUCAAGCGUGAAAGAAUAGAUGUUGUACAAGAAAUGCUGGACGACUUUGGUGUUUUUGAGGAUGUCAUUACAGUUCUCAUUGAUAACUGUCUCAUAACUAUCACAUGGCAUGGUGGCCUUAUAGAAAUGCAUGAUAUGAUACAAGAAAUGGCUUGGAAAAUUGUCAGCAAAGACUGCAAAGAGCUACCUGCAGAAAGGCGCGAGAGACUGUUAGAUGCAGACGAUAUCAUCCAUGUCUUGAACGAUCAUACAGGUCCUACAAAAGUUAAAGGAAUUCUCUUAAAUAUGUCGAGGCUUACGCAGGAUGUAAACUUGAAACCUGAAGCCUUCAAAGAACUGCACUACCUAAGAUUCCUUAAAAUUAUGCAUAAUCGUGAAGACGAAGAACGUUGUAAACUGCACUUUCCUCAAGGAAUUAAUAUUCUCCCAAGGACACUCAGGUAUCUCAGCUGGGUUGGAUUCCCUUCUUUAUCUCUACCAUCGAGUUUUAUGGCACGGAAUCUUGUCAAACUUCACAUGCCGUGGAGCCAGCUUGAGCAACUUUGGAAUGGAUCCCCGGUACAUGAUCUUGUGAGCUUAAAAUAUGUCACUCUUAGGCACUCAAAGAAACUAGUCAGUAUCCCAGAUCUCUCUCAGGCUAAUCUUAAGAUUUUAGAUCUUAGUGGUUGUACAAGCUUAGUUGAAAUUCCUUCACUCAGAUUUCAACGAGCCUCUGACAAUCUUGAAACUAAUCUCAAAAAUCUUCGGAUGAGAUCUUAUUUUGGAAAUGGAUCUCCUUUUGACAAUUAUGAUAAGGAUCUUGAUGACUAUACUCUUGAUCUUAGCGACUGCAUCAAUCUCAAAACUCUGUCACGGAUGUCUGGGGGCAUACGACACCUAAACUUAGGUUCCACGGCAGUAGAAGAGUUGGAUUGCUCAAAUUGGUCACUCGAGAAUCUCGUCUCGUUGGAUCUGAAUGAGUGUAAAUGUCUCAAGAGUCUUCCCAGCAACAUAUGUAAGUUUGAUUCUUUGGAAAAGCUAAAUUUACGCGAUUGCGUAUCAUUUAACAAGUUUCCAACCGUCCUUCCAAAGAAUAUAAAGACAUUAGAUUUGAAUGAAACAGCAAUACAAGAAGUGCCUUCAUCAGUAUCCUUUGAGUGCCUCUCUAGUCUGGACCGACUAUCUAUGGCAGACUGCACAAGGCUUGAAACCCUCCCAACCGAAAUUUUUAAGCUCAAGUCUCUCUCGUCGCUUGAUUUAUCUGGUUGCUCGGAAUUGAAAAGCUUCCCAGAAAUCUUGGAGCCUCAUGAAAGACUAUCGAUCAUUAAAUUAGAUGGAUCAGGGAUCAAAGAACUACCCUUGUCUAUUGAAAAUCUACAAAGGCUUUUUUCUCUAAGCUUGAAAAACUGCGAAAAUCUUGAGUCUGUUCCAGAUAGCAUCUGCAAUAUCAAUGGUCUUAGACUCCUGGACCUAUCUAAAUGCCCAAAACUUCAAACUUUGCCCGCUGUGACAUGGGCUAGUUUUUUCCCUGAGAUUACAUUAGAUAUAAGUUACAAAAUUAUAACCAAAAUUCUAGAGUGGUUGUGCUACGGUUCAUCCUCGUUACCAGUGCUAGAUCCAAGCGAACCUAUCAGUGAAAGAAUAACCGUGUGCAUUCGGAGAUUUUUUAAUUCGAUUUACUUUGAGGCAUGUGGAUAUGCGACUUGUCAAUCUAGACCUCGAUGCAAGUUCUUUUCACGUUCCAAAAUUGGUCAAUAUGCUUUUUGUCCAUAUUGCAAUGAAUUUUGUAGACCCGAGGAUAUGGCAGUUGUGAUGUCUAAAUUCCAGCCUUACUUUCUGCAAGCAGCAACUGAAUUUCCUUCAAAACCUGAAGAACAAGACGAGGGAACGAAAUGUCCAGGAAUCGGUUUUUGUCAUCGAGGAAGUAAAAUUCCGAAGUGGUUCGAUCAUCAGUCUGACCGAUCUUCGAUAGAUCUUUCAUUUUCUCGAGAUUGGUAUAAUACCAGCUUCUUAGGAUUUGCUGUAUGCAUUCAUGUUGAAUUUCAGUCCUUUUAUGAGUGCGACUUGAAUUUCACAUGUGAAUACCAUUUUAAAACAAACCGUGGUGAUAGUACUUUCCAGAAAUCAAGGGUUGUUCAUUCGAUCAGAAAAAUCAGCUUUUGCCUAUCAGACCACAUUUUCGCAUGGUAUCUUCUCUACAAGAACUACCAUGACUAUCACGAGGCAAUAGAGGCUUCAUUUCAGUUUUUUGUUGAACGACUAGAUUCGGAUACACGUUUAUCGCCUAUAAUAAAAAAUUGUGGGAUCCGCAUCUUGUAUCGUCAAGAUAUUGGGAUCCUACAAUCAAGUUGCAGAAGGGGAACUAGAUAUUGUUGACAACAUCAACUGCGAUACCGACGAACCACAUCCUAAGGGGCGGAAGCUUCAAUUGAACUGAGCAGUCCUUUAUGGCACACAACUCUACUUGGAAGGGCAAGGUUGCAUCUCACUUAAAACGCUACUUGUAGUGGCUGUAGAAGUAAGUUGGUGGUUGACAAUUUGGAUCCGAAAUGGAGACCAGCGAAAAGGCCGAUAUUGUAGGUUUGUGUUUAGUAGCUUGUAAAUUUGUAAAUUCCUAUGAUACAUGCUUCUCAAGUGGCAAUAACACGUGAAAAUUUAGUUA